UGGACUGUAAUAACAUGGUUGAUGCUGGCAGAAACACUUCAGUGACUUGCCUGGCAAACAUACUGUACAGUCAUUUCAACACGCCUCAGUGUAAAAUAUUUAGAGGAAAUAAAGCCAUGUUUCACUUGUCAAUAUGGCUGUUGGUAUUGUUUUCUCUCCACAGCUCAGCUUUACCCUCUCAAAAUGGUUCAAUGCCCUUCCUGCGGACUUUCUCUGGUCGGGCUGUGAUGGUCACUGAUGAGCCUGUGGACUAUCUCGACCUGUCUGUGUUGGACCUAAAUGAUGACAGUGGAUCAGGUUCGCAGCAGGAGCCGAUGAAGAGACACCGUCAUCCUCACAAACAGUAUUUCGUCUCAGAGGAAGCCAAGGGCUUUCUCCGGGGUCGCCUGACAACCAGCUUCGUCCCUACAGUAUACACCCUCGUCUUCAUCAUUAGCGUACCCCUCAACCUCGUUGCCAUGGUGAUGUUUGUGCAUCACAUCCGUCCCAGGAAGCCGGCUGUGAUCUACAUGCUGAACCUGGCCUGCGCUGACCUGCUGUUUGGCCUGCUCCUCCCCUUCAAGAUCGCCUAUCAUUACCAUGGCAACGACUGGAUUUAUGGCUCCUUCAUGUGCAGGGUCGUCACAGCAGCUUUCUACUGCAACAUGUACUGCUCUGUCCUGCUCAUGACAUGCAUUAGCAUCGACCGCUUCCUGGCUGUGGUGUACCCCAUGAACUCACUGACGUGGCGCAGCCCUCAGACGGCUACAGCUGUGUGCGCCUCCAUGUGGCUGCUGGCGCUUGGAGGAGUGUCUCCUCUGCUGAUCUCAGGGCAGACCAUCCACCUGACAGACCUGGGCAUCACCACCUGCCAUGAUGUGCAGGAUGCAGACAAACUAAUAACAUACUACAUUUACUUCUUCCCCAUCUACUCCUCGGUCUUCUUCUUCAUCCCGCUCUGCUUCACAGUUGUCUGUUACGCGCGCAUUAUCCGCGCGCUGGGAGCAGCCAAUGUAGAGAACCGCUCCAGGAAGACCCGAGCUGUGGUGAUGGCUGUCAUCGUGCUGGUGGUGUUCGUGGUCUGCUUCACGCCCACCAACAUCAUCCUGAUGGCUCACUAUGUUCAACUGUCCCACAAGUCAGGUGACAGUUCAUACCAGGCGUACCUGCUCUCCAUGUGCGUAGGGAGCCUCAGCUGCUGUCUGGAUCCAGUCCUCUAUUACUUUGGCUCGUCUCAGUGCCAGAAGCAGGUGGUAGCACUGCUCAGGUGUAGGCGAUUAGUGCGAGAGGAAAGCAGCUCAAGCACGCAGAGCACGAGAACCAGCAGGAGGACAGACAGCACCAGGUCAUACAAGAUGGAGGGUGUUCAAACUGGGCUGCAGGGUAGCCAGUACAGCAAGCUUGAGGCACACACAUGAGGAGCCUGCCU